ACGUCAAAUCCACAUUGUAUAUCCAUAGUUGUAAGAUGUUUUUCUGCCACACACUUUUCGUUAAAUCCCAAAGUUAAGAAACCAUGUUUGCUUUCACGCGAAUUCUAGGAUCCAUGUCAUGCACCAGACCAUUUCAAUCACAGGUGCUCUGUCGAGAAGGUGUUGGGUGUGUAUCUGAAUUUUGGCAAUUUCCAAAAAUGCAAACAUUGAGCAUAUCCUGUAUCAGUUGGCCUCCUAAGGAGUUACUCCGAAAUUUACAGAGGCAUCAUUACCAAGGUAUAAAAAACAAUAUUCUAUACAUAUUUCCUCUCACACGUCAAUUCGCCGACAAGUUUUCCGAGAAGGGCAGAGGCGAGGAACUUAACUAUGUUCUCAAGCUCGCCUCAGAGCAAUUUAUGAAGAUCAAAAAGAACCGGGUUAAAGAAAUCGCCAGUGAUAUCGAGGAACUGGAAGAGGAGAUCAAGAAAUUGGAAUCCCGGACUAGCCACCAAUCAAGGAAAACUAAGGAGCUUCUCAUAGAGGAGUUAAAAACCCUGAAGGAGCUGCUGCAGCGAUUCAAAACGAGUCUCGAAAAAUGA